GAAUUCGCCACAGCGCGUAGUCUCGAACCUACGCGGUUAUCUAACGCAUCGCCUCAGUAAUAUCACACCGAGCGAUACAGGUUGUCCAGACGGUUGCCAACGAUCCUACUAAAAUGCAAAAUUAUGCCAUACAACAGAGUGCAGAGUGAAGAGGGAAAAGCUAAUGUACGACAAGCCACAAGCAGCGGCCACAAAACCGAAGUUUAACGAAAGCCACGCUAAGUCAACACACACAUAUACUCACACACAACACUAAGGAAACGAACACAAUGUGCCUGUUAGUAACAACAACAACAAGAACAAGUAAAACAACAAAAUUUAGUAAAAUCACAAGCAGCGGAGCAAACCGACUAAUGUAAAAGUUUUUACAUUCCAAACGAACUCGAGCUGAGCAGUAAACCCACAAAAGUUGCGAAGCUUACAAAAACGGUGAAAUGCAACAAAAAUGAGAUUAAAAGUUCCAAAACUAACUGAAAACGUUUGGACUAAUUAUAAGACAACAACAAAGUACAGCAUAGCGUUUAAAAAAGGAUAGUAAGAGCGAAAAGGAGUCAAGCCAGAGCUAACGACACAAACAACACAGCAAUUAAAGUGCGAACCCAAGAGCUACGCCAUAUUUAGUACAAAACUUCAGCAAUUCAGCAAUAAAGAGCGUAUUUAAACAUUUCAAAACAUUUAACUUAAGUCUACUAACAUGGCUGGUUCAUUUCAAAUACCGUUGCUCAAUCUCGAGCUGCGCGAGGUCAAAGAAAUCGUUUGGGAGAAAAUUCAAGAGCCCGUCAACCAACGUCGUCUCAUCUUAGUAAUAGUCUCGAUAGCGCUGCUUUUGGACAACAUGUUGUACAUGGUAAUCGUACCCAUCAUACCGGAUUAUUUGCGUGAGAUCGGUAGCUUCGAUGAUGACACACCAACGCCGCCGCCAUUGCGUGAUAAUCGCACCGGUCUCAUUAUACCAGUGCACCACGACCAUCAUGGCCAGGACUCUGCCACCGGCAUACUAUUCGCAUCGAAAGCCAUUGUACAAUUGAUGGUGAACCCCUUCUCGGGUGGUCUUAUCGAUCGCAUUGGCUACGACUUACCCAUGAUGAUCGGUUUGACCAUUAUGUUCUUCUCAACUGCGAUGUUCGCUUGCGGUCGCAGUUACAGUUUACUCUUCUUCGCGCGUUCGCUACAAGGUGCGGGCUCGGCUUUUGCCGACACAUCAGGUUUAGCCAUGAUAGCGGAUCGCUUUACCGAGGAGAAUGAACGUUCGCAAGCAUUGGGUAUUGCUUUGGCAUUCAUCAGUUUCGGUUGUUUGGUAGCGCCACCGUUCGGUGGUGCACUCUAUCAGUUCGCCGGCAAGGAAGUGCCCUUUCUCAUUUUGGCGUUAGUGUGUCUCUUGGAUGGCCUUAUGCUAUUGCUGGUAAUGAAACCAGUUAAAGAUCAAAUAAGACAAAGCAAGGAGGUGCAACAACAAACGAUUCCUAUAUGGCGCUUGCUAAUGGAUCCAUACAUUGCGGUCUGUGCCGGUGCGUUGACCAUGUCGAAUGUGGCGUUGGCUUUCCUAGAACCCACCAUAUCGCUGUGGAUGGAAGAUAAUCUAACUACAGAGAAUUGGAAAAUUGGUAUGGUGUGGUUGCCCGCCUUCUUUCCGCACGUGCUGGGUGUGGUCAUCACUGUGAAAAUGGCGAAAAAGUAUCCACAUCAUCAAUGGCUGAUGGCUGCCGUCGGUUUAGCGCUCGAGGGUUUCUCCUGCUUCAUAAUACCGUUCUCCAGCUCCUACCAAAUGCUGAUGUUACCCAUUUGUAUUAUUUGCUUUGGCAUCGCGCUCAUCGACACCGCGCUGCUACCAACGCUGGGCUACCUGGUGGACGUGCGCUAUGUAUCCGUGUACGGCAGCAUUUAUGCCAUUGCCGAUAUUUCAUAUUCGAUCGCAUACGCAGUCGGUCCCAUCAUUGCGGGCGGCGUAGUAGAGGCGAUCGGUUUUACAGCGCUGAACUUCAUCAUUGCCUUCUCCAAUCUGCUGUAUGUGCCCGUGCUACGCAAGUUACGCAAUAUCUACGAUUUCAAACCGUUCGAAAAUGAAGCCAACAUACUUAUGCAAGAUCCACCGAACAAAGAAUAUCAAACCUAUGUAAUGCAUGAUCAGAAACCGAUUGAUGGUGAUUUCAAAAAUCAUCUUGAGUACGGUCAGCAAUAUCAACAGGAGCAGGAAUCCAAUGUGGACGAUACAAACUAUGAGUACCAACAGCAAGAUGGCGGCUACCAGCAAACUGGCGGAGGUGGCGGUGGCGGUUAUCAGCAAAAUCAGGGUUAUCAACAGCAAUAUCAGCCUGGCUAUCAGGAGCAGGGUGGUAAUUAUCAGCAGCAAGAAACGCGACAUCUUCCACAACAACGCGUCGCAAACCCGUUCCAGCAUCAGCAGCAGCAGCAGCAGCAACAACAACAGCAAAUGAACGAUGGCGGCGGCGGGAGUAGAGGCCCUGCUGGUCCAGCGAAUCCAUUUAGACAAGGAUUUUAAAAUGUUGUCUUACACAAAGUUAGCGGUAAUCUAUGUUUGUUUUUAUAUCUUUGAUCGCAUAGUUUACGUGUUUCGUUGAUUUUACAAUAACAUAAUAUGUACUUUGUUGUUGUGGCUAAUAAUAAUACUAAUACUUACAUAUAUACAUACAUAUAUCUAUACACAUAGGUGAAAAAAGUUAAACGAAAAAGAAAAAAACAAACAAAAAUAAAAACGAGCAUAUAUUUAGUAGAGCAAGUGGAGUGUACACUAUAACCGCAUGACUAGGCAUACCAUAGAUAACUACUCGUACAUAAUGUUGCACCUGAAAUAUCGCAACAUACAUACAUAUACAAAUAUACGCCAGUAUGUAGUUACAUAAGCAGUUAGAUAACAGAAUCUCAAAAGUAGCUAAGAAAUUGAAAGCAAACAGCACAACUUUUGUAUUAUACACCGGAAAUAGUUAAACAUAUAUAUUAUAUUAUCAUAUAGGUAUAACUCUAAUUGGGUUAGAGGUCAAAUAUAGCAAUAACAAUGUACGCAUCAAUAUGUAUAGUCUAUGUCGUGUGCUGUAUGGAGUAAAGGAGGAGCGCUUCUGAACGGUUAUUGUGUGCAAGACAUCGCUGCUUAGUAAAUAUUCUCAAGCACAAAUUAUUAGUUUAGAGUUAAAAAAUUUAUAGUUUUUUUUUAAUACUUAUUGAAAAUUUAGAUAUUUUACGCAAAGGCAUCGGCUAGUUGGUUAUGGAACUAGCCUAGAAUCACUCAUGACUAAAAUGUGGCAUACCUAUGUAUGACUGUUGUCAAAAAUACAUGGCAAGAUACCGUUAAUAAUUCUCGAUAGGCGAUGACUGAAGUUUAGACAAAGGAUGGAUUUACUCGUUAUGAAAUAGAAUAUAGAACACGGAUUGGAUUUAACGCAGCAAAUGUUGUAUAAAGCACAGUGUGAAAAUCUGAUUUAAUUUGCUACUUAAAGAAAUGAAAAUAUAUUUUCGUCCUUCAAAGGAUGAAAAAACUAAUUAAAUAUAAGUAGUUUAAAAAAAAAAAACAAAAAACACUGCUAAAAAUUGUGUCACACAAGUGUCUAUUUUCAGAUAUUCUUCAAGCGACAGUUAGCUUAGUUUAGAUAGCGAUCCCUCAAAGUGACUUCUGGUUCACACUUUGGACUGCUUGAUACAAACCUUUACGAAAAUCGCCAAAUUUUUCAUGCGUUACACUGGUAUAGCCCAUUAACGCCAACUAGCACAUAUUUCCCUUGGACAUCGCCGGAAGUGUAUGGCUGCAAAAGUUGCCUCAGAGAGCCUGGGUUCUUAAAAUAACGAGGGACUUAACACUCAGAAAUCCUCACUCACUUUGACUUCAUACCGGUUCCCUUCGGCUUGGAAACCGAAGUCUGGCGGCUCCUUCUCUACCCACAUACCGGCAAGGAAGUUGAGGGUGGGAUGAAGCCGUUUGAGGAGAGGGGCAGUGAGCGUCUUCACGGAUGGGUAAAGGCUUGGGGCUAAGGUUGGUGGAGGGGUCUACUAACGGGAGCUAUCUAUCAACUCCAGUUUCAGACUUCCUGACUAUUGCAG